CGGAAGAAGAGCCUGUCAAUUGGUACACGAAUGACUGUCGACCUUUAAUUAAACUGGACAAUCCAUUUUGUGAACAUUACGGGUUCAAACUUGAUAAAUACGUCAAGGUGUCGAAGGUGCCACAACAGGUUUUGAAUAACCAAUUGUGGGAGAUACAGGAAUAUUACGACCAAGUAAAUUUUAAAGAGCAAAAUAUUUCAACAUCACACGAAUGCAGUGACCAAUUUCGUUUCCCUGGCUGCUACUAUGCAUUUGCAGGCUGCGAUCUAAGCACAAGUGUACUUAAACCAAAGAAAAUUUGCAAAGAGUCCUGUCUCCAUUUUACAAAGAAAUGCAGUGCGUUUGUGAGGACGUGGAAAGACGUUUUCGCGCGCUUCUUGGAUAAUCUGUCAACAGUGCGGGCACCUCUGUUCAAUUGUACGGAAAAACCAUCAAGAAAUGCCGGGGAUACCCCUGAGUGUAUUUAUUACGAUAGGAAAGAAAGUUUGGAAAAGGAAG